UUCAUUCAGAAAGAGACAAACGCAAAGUGGCUGAAAUUUGUAUUUAGCGUGACAGAGAAUCUAACAGCAAAUAACUUGAAUAAUUCUUAUAAUUUUAACACAAUGUCUAUUGCUCAUAAAUUUAAAGAUAAACUACGAACAGAUGAUGUCAUUAUUUCUGAAUCUGUCGACUUUUCAAGUCUUCUUCUCUCGAAACCGGUGUUAAAAGGUCUAACCGACGCGGGUUUUCAAAAGCCAUCCCCAAUCCAGUUGAAAGCUAUUCCACUCGGACGUUGUGGUUUGGAUCUUAUUGUGCAAGCUAAAUCUGGCACUGGAAAGACAUGUGUCUUCACAGUUGUGGCCCUAGAAAGUUUGGAGCUAAGUCCUGUCUGCAUACAAGUUUUAGUUCUGGCACCAACCAGAGAAAUAGCACAGCAGAUUCAAGAAGUCAUAAAAACUAUUGGCUUGCCAAUGGCUGGUCUAAAAUGUCACACCUUUAUUGGUGGCAUGCCAGUGCUGCAGGAUAAAAUUCUGGCCAAAAACUGUCAUAUUGCAGUUGGAACACCAGGUAGAAUAAAACAGCUGAUAGAAAUUGAUGCUAUAAAAACAAAUAGCAUUAGACUUUUUAUUCUUGAUGAAGCAGACAAACUUCUGGAGGGAGAUUUCCAAGAACCUAUCAACUGGAUAUAUUCAAGUUUACCUGAAAACAAACAAAUUCUGGCACUAUCAGCCACCUAUCCAGAGUAUUUGGCGCGACAAUUGACAUCUUAUAUGAGAAAUCCAACAUUUGUUCGUCUCAAUGUUACAGAUCCAGCAUUAUUAGGUAUAAAGCAGUAUCAUGUUGUUGUGCCUAACCACCCCAUGCCAAACAUUGUUUUCAAUUCUAAAACUGAAGUGGUUGUUAAAAUACUUUCUACUGUGAGCUUCCAGCAGUGCCUCAUCUUCUCAAAUCUACAGACCAGAGCCCAAAAUCUCCAGUCAGAACUGCAGUCGAGGAACUGGCCAACAGCUUGUAUUGCAGGCUGCUUGGAUCAGAAGGAAAGGAAUUUUGCUAUGGAGCAGCUCAAGACAUACAAGUGUCGCAUCUUGAUCUCAACUGAUUUGACGUCUAGGGGUAUUGAUGCUGACAAGGUAAACCUGGUGAUCAACCUGGACGUCCCAACAGAUGCUGAAACCUACCUACACAGGAUUGGCAGGGCUGGGCGUUUUGGAAGUUUUGGAGCAGCAGUUACCAUAGUAACAAGUGAAGGUCAAGACAAAGUUUUGUGGGCCAUAGAGAAGAAAUGUAAAACUUGUAUACACAAGCUCCCAGAUCCUAUACCUAAAGAUUUGGUUACUAAGUCAUUGCCUCUCAGGCUGGAUGAUAUUGUGGUUACAGAACAAAUUAUGACCCAUCCAUUGAGCAACACCAUAGUUGAUGGUACACCUUCAGUUGUUACACAGUGUGAAAGGACUGCCCAAAUACUGUCAUCAGAUUGUGUUGAUGGUACGCCUUCAGUUGUUACACAGUGUGAAAGGACUGCCCAAUUAUUGUCAUCAGAUUGUGUUGAUGGUAUGCCUUCAGUUGUUACACAGUGUGAAAGGACUGCCCAAAUAUUGUCAUCAGAUUGUGUUGAUGGUAUGCCUUCAGUUGUUACAAAGUGUGAAAGGACUGCCCAAAUAUUGUCAUCAGAUUGUGUUGAUGGUAUGCCUUCAGUUGUUACACAGUGUGAAAGGACUGCCCAAAUAUUGUCAUCAGAUUGUGUUGAUGGUAUGCCUUCAGUUGUUACACAGUGUGAAAGGACUGCCCAAAUAUUGUCAUCAGAUUGUGUUGAUGGUACGCCCUCAGUUGUUACAAAGUGUGAAAGGACUGCCCAAAUACUGUCAUCAGAUUGUACAACAGUUGCAGGCCAACAGUGUAACGGCAAUGCUGAUGUGUGUACAUUCUAUGUGGACAGGGAGGUGACACCACAAAACAGCGCAGAUAUCAACACAUUGACUGCCUCUCUCACACCAAUACAGGGUCAUACAUCAGAAGCCAGGACUAACACAAAUACAGUAGAAAGUUUACAGCCCAUUGUAGCAGAACUUAGUGAAACACCUGUGGUAGUGGAAAGUGAACCACCUGUGGUAGUAGAAAGUGAACCACCUGUGGUAGUAGGAAGUGAAACACCUGUGGUAGUAGGAAGUGAAACACCUGUGGCAGUAGAAAGUGAAACACCUGUGGUAGUAGAAAGUGAAACACCUGUGGUAGAAGAACUUAGUGAAAUGCCUGUGGUAGUAGAAAGUGAAGCACCUGUGGUAGCAGAAAGUGAAACACCUGUGGUAGCAGAAAGUGAACCACCUGUGGUAGCAGAAAGUGAACCACCUGUGGUAGUAGAAAGUGAAACACCUGUGGUAGUAGAAAGUGAAACACCUGUGGUAGUAGAAAGUGAAACACCUGUGGUAGCUCAAAGUUUGAGUUCUGACAGAAGAAAUGACACAGAGCAAAGUGAAUCAGCCCAGCUGACAAGAAAAAAAAAUGCCUUGUCACAAGUAAAAUGUGUCACAGCCUUUAUUGAAAACAUGUCACAAGUCAUUUUGACAGAAGUUGUGGAGAUGAAUUCUGAAGCUGUCAAUCACAACACAGAGACGGGUCUUGUCAGUGACAGUACUGAGGCGGGUCUUGUCAGUGACAGUACUGAGGCGGGUCUUGUCAGUGACAGUACUGAGGCGGGUCUUGUCAGUGACAGCACAGAGGAGGGCCUUUUAAUUAACCAUCAUAAAAGCCCAGUUGACAGAGUUAGUGCAGCAGGGAUUGUUGUGUUGGUACAAGAAACUCAAGUGUUAAGAAGAAGGGCUUCUACAGAAUGUGGGGGUGAGACUCAGGUGACAGAAGGUGGCACAGAAUGUGGAGGUGAGACUCAGGUGAGAGAAGGUGGCACAGAAUGUGGAGGUGAGACUCAGGUGACAGAAGGUGGCACAGAAUGUGGAGGUGAGACUCAGGUGACAGAAGGUGGCACAGAAUGUGGAGGUGAGACUCAGGUGAGAGAAGGUGGCACAGAAUGUGGAGGUGAGACUCAGGUGACAGAAGGUGGCACAGAAUGUGGAGGUGAGACUCAGGUGAGAGAAGGUGGCACAGAAUGUGGAGGUGAGACUCAGGUGACAGAAGCUGGCACAGAAUGUGGAGGUGAGACUCAGGUGAGAGAAGGUGAAAUAAGCUGCAACUUAGCUCCUGAUGGACUGGUGCCUAAAGCCAGAGCUAAACCCAGGCAGAGAAGGGGAGCACCCAGGUCCUUUGCUGUGUCUGACUUCCUGCACUGCAUGAAUGAAGGUCUCAGCUCCUUCAGGACAAUGGACCUUGGGGGAGGGGGAGAUAGGAUAGAGAAGAUGGACACAGUGGGGGCUGGCAGAGCACCUGGUCUAGCACCAGGUGCUGGAGGAUCAGAAGACUCACCUGCAGCAUGCUCAGGGAAUGGGGCAGGUGCUUGUAGUUUACUUGAGAGGACAGAAGCUUCAUUGAAGACUGCAUGUGAAGCUGAUGUUCUGAUGGAAACUGAUCUAAUAAGUUUAGUCAGUUCAGUAGGUCCCAGCAAGGCAGACACCAAUGACCUAACAGUCAGUCCAGUAGGUCCCAGCAAGGCAGACACCAAUGACCUAACAGUCAGUCCAGUAGGUCCCAGCAAGGCAGACACCAAUGACCUAACAGUCAGUCCAGUAGGUCCCAGCAAGGCAGACACCAAUGACCUAACAGUCAGUCCAGUAGGUCCCAGCAAGGCAGACACCAAUGACCUAACAGUCAGUCCAGUAGGUCCCAGCAAGGCAGACACCAAUGACCUAACAGUCAGUCCAUCAGUCAGUGACCAUGUAUGGGCCACACUGAAUGUGCUGUUGUCCCAAGGCAGGAGUCCCAUGAGCACAUUUGAUGAGGUGGUGGAUGACUACACACAGUUCUGUGCCAGCUACCUCACAAAAGAUGAUGCUUGUGCAACUUUUGAAGUUGGGAAAAGUUUAGAAAAGGAUGAGAUACUAGAGGGCCCUGGAUAUCAAGACUUGUGUCAUUUUUACAGUGGAAAACUUGCAAGAAUCAAAUCAGAGUUUGAAGAGAAGCUGACUAUGGCUCACCACAACAGUCAAGUCAAGGACCAGGUGACGACUCAAAUGUGUGUUGCUAAGGAAACAGCUGCAGCCAAUGGUCAUGUGAGUGUGGCUACAGCUGAUGACAACCACAAGCCAAACAGGCAGAAAAGGAAAGGCUCAAGAUGUAAUCAUGAAAGGGGUGCAGACAGUUUGAACUGGAGGAAAAGAAAUGAGGAUGGCUGUCACACUGAAAGGUCUGCUACACUGGACCCUCAUACAUUGGACCCUCGUACAGCAGGGGGGCACAAGUCUCAAUUGUCCAGAGGCGCAGUGAAAAAACAUGGUCAUAAUGCUGGGGGAACACGGGAACCCAUGGAUCUCAGAGCUGGGGGAACACAGGAACCCAUGGAUCUGAGAGCUGGGGGAACACGGGAACCCAUGGAUCUCAGAGCUGGGGGAGCAAGGGAAGUCAGAGCUGUAAGAAUGAGGGAUCCCAGAGCUGAAAGCAACGAAGAAGUCAGGCAACUGGAUGAGAUGCAUGCUGCAAUGUUACAGAAGAGAAGAGAGCGCAAGAAGUUACAGCUAAAAAAUCAACAAGGCAUAUGCUUGCAGCCAAAAGAUCAUCAAGAAGGUACAAACUUGCAGCUAAAAGAUCAUCAAAGUACACAGCUGCAACUAAAAGAUCAAGAAGGUACAAAGUUACAGCUAAAAGAUCAAGAUACACAGUUGCAACUUAAAGAUCAUACAGAAGGCACAAAGUUACAACUAAAAGAUCAUCAAGAAGGUACUAAGUUACAGCUAAAAGAUCAAGAAAGUACAUACUUGCAGCUAAAAGAUCAUCAAGGUACAAAGUUGCAGUUAAAAGAUCCUGAAGCUGUGUAUCCACAAUUAGUGGAUGAAGACAGAGAAGUGUCUAAUUGUGUACAGGACUUACAAGGUCACAUGGAUGAGACAGAUCAAUGCAUAUUGACAAAACCUCAGGAAAAGAAAUCAAGUGCUGGGAAGUUCACACAAGUCAGAUUGAUCAAUGUGUUAGAUGUGAAGAAGAAUCCUGCCAAGGAAGUUGAUUGUCUAGAGAGUAAAGUUAGUGCAAGCACUACAGAGAUUUCUCAACUUGAAAACUCCAGAAAAAUGGAUAGAGUAAAACUGAAGGAACAGCCCAAGGAUGUGAAGCUCAUGUUGGCACAGAGGAUAACAGCAGUAGACCCUCACAAUCCAACAAGAGCUAGGCAUGGUUACAGAGUGAAAAAGGUCAAACCAAUCAAGCCGUCUAAGUCAGAUGCUAGAUUGGCAGGUCUGGUUGUGUCUGAUGGCUCGACCUCAUCUACCUCCUCGUACAUGACACUGAGUUCCACAUCUGAUGUGACAGACGCCUCAGACCGUGAGAACACCAUCUUCAAGUCCCAUUGUUAUGCUAAUAAAUAUGCAGAUGAGGGUCACCACAUUAAAGAUGACAAGACUAGUCCAGUCAAACAUUUGUACUCUCCUAGACCUGAUCAAUCCAGCACAGAAACAUUCAGCUGUUACAGGGGCUGCUCCAUAACCCAAAGCUCACACAUCUCAUCAGCCCACUACCCCAGGCCACAACCUCUAGACUACCUCGGGGGUGGCUCAACUCUUCCACACACCCCUGCACUGUGGCAACAAUCAAAGCAUGGGUCUAAAGUAAAAAAACUGUCAAAAACAAGGGAAAAACCAAGUAACAGGCAGCAAGAUAGACUUGCACCAAAAAGAUGGAGGUCAAAGAUUGAAGAACACAAGUUUGAAUUAAGUUCUGGAAACCAAUCAGAAAUGGAUCCCUCAGUGGCUCACCAGCAAGGUUCAGGCAGCCAAAGUAGAUUCAUUCAAGAACAAAAUCACUUGUCAAACCCUUAUGUCUUUAACCAUUCACUCACAGGGCCCAUGCCUCCUACACUAGGGCAUUGCUGCCCCUUUUAUUUCCAGUCACAUCUACCACAUGCUGCUAUGGUGCCACCACCAUUUUACAACUACCCUCCAACAUAUCAGCACAGUCACUACCAGGCUUCAGUAAUGCAACUUCAGUAUCUCAGGAUUAUGACACAGGCGCUUUCUCAUCUGCAUAGACACUAUCAUACUAAAGAAGAAUAGCCCAGUCAGUGCCCUCUUGUAAACAAAGAAUAGCCCAGUCAGUGCCCUCUUGUAAACAAAGAAUAGCCCAGUCAGUGCCCUUGUACUUCUUUGUGAGACAAUGUUCAGCCACUUGCCACCAGCAAGACGGUGGUUAAGGCAAGAUGUUGACCUGAGAUGACAAAGGGGGAAAAACACAGCACAAGCCAAGUAAAAGUUUUGGGGGUCUAAAUGUUCAGGAUGACCAACAGCUAGCAAAAAGUGAGGCAUUGUGAGAAAAAAUUUUUGUUAUGCAUCCAACAAGUAUAAAUUCUGUUUGUUCAUUUCAUACUUGAAUGAUUAACAAUUUGUUAUAUUAUUGUUUGAUUAAUAAAUUUACA